AUGGCGUGGCUGCUCACCUUAUUCCUGCCCGCAGGUGACGAGGUCUGGAGAUGCCUGGGAUGUGGGGACAGCAUCGCUGCUGGUCAGCGUGUCUACAGGACUGUUAACGAAGCUUGGCACAGUUCCUGCUUUCGGUGCUCUGAAUGUCAGGAUCCCCUCACUAACUGGUACUACGAGAAAGAUGGGAAGCUCUACUGCCACAAGGACUACUGGGGGAAGUUUGGGGAGUCUUGCCAUGGCUGCUCUCUGCUGAUGACUGGCCCUGUGAUGGUGGCAGGAGAAUACAAGUAUCAUCCCGAGUGCUUUGCUUGUAUGAGCUGCAAAGUGAUCAUUGAAGAUGGGGACACUUAUGCCCUGGUGCAACAUUCCAGUCUCUACUGUGGAAAAUGCCAUAACCAGAUUGUGCUGACACCGAUGAUAGAAAAACACUCGACUGAGUCUCUGCGUGAGCAGCUGCCCUAUACGCUGACCCUCAUCUCCAUGCCGGCAGCCACUGAUGGCAAGAGGGGCUUCUCCGUGUCUGUGGAAGGCGGCUGCUCCAGCUAUGCCACUGGCGUCCAGGUGAAAGAGGUUAACAGGAUGCACAUCAGCCCAGAUGUCCGAAAUGCCAUCCACCCUGCGGAUCGUAUCCUGGAGAUUAACGGAGCCCCUAUUCGGACGUUACAGGUGGAGGAGGUGGAGGACUUGAUUCGCAAGACAAGCCAGACGCUCCAGCUGCUGAUAGAGCACGACCCUGUCUCGCAACGCCUCGACAGGCUCCGUUUGGACUCCCGGCUUCCCGCCCACAUAAAGCCUCCCAUCUCCCCCCACUCCCUCUCUCCACUGGAUAUCAAGGAGAAUCUGGAAGGAACGCUGCGCCGACGCUCCCUCAGGCGAAGUAACAGCAUUUCGAAGUCUCCUGGCCCCAGUUCUCCAAAGGAGCCUCUCCUUCUGAGCCGUGACAUCAGUCGCUCGGAAUCCCUGCGUUCCACCUCUAGCUGCUCGCAGCAGAUCUUCCGGCCCUGCGACCUAAUUCAUGGCGAAGUACUAGGAAAAGGCUUCUUUGGGCAAGCAAUCAAGGUGACUCACAAAGCAACAGGAAAGGUGAUGGUGAUGAAGGAGCUGAUUCGCUGUGAUGAGGAAACACAGAAGACUUUCUUGACAGAGGUGAAAGUGAUGCGCAGCUUGGAUCACCCCAACGUGCUCAAGUUCAUCGGCGUGCUGUACAAGGACAAGAAGCUGAAUCUCCUCACCGAGUACAUCGAGGGGGGCACCCUGAAGGACUUCCUGCGCAAUGCGGACCCGUUUCCCUGGCAGCAGAAGGUCAGCUUUGCCAAAGGAAUCGCCUCUGGAAUGGCCUAUUUGCACUCCAUGUGCAUCAUUCACAGAGACCUGAAUUCACACAAUUGCCUAAUCAAGCUGGAUAAGACGGUGGUGGUGGCUGACUUCGGUCUGUCUCGGCUGAUUGUGGAGGAGAGGAAGAAGCCCACCUUGGAGAAGCCUUCUGCCAAGAAGCGCACGCUGCGCAAGAGCGACAGGAAGAAGCGCUACACGGUGGUUGGGAACCCGUACUGGAUGGCCCCGGAGAUGCUAAACGGACAGAGCUAUGAUGAGACCGUGGAUAUCUUCUCAUUUGGGAUUGUGCUCUGUGAGAUCAUAGGCCAGGUGUAUGCUGACCCGGACUGCCUCCCACGCACACUGGAUUUUGGCCUUAAUGUCAAGUUGUUCUGGGAGAAGUUUGUUUGUCCUCCUGCCUUCUCCCCUUUGGCUGCCAUUUGCUGCAGACUGGAACCAGAGAGCAGACCCACGUUUUCCAAGCUGGAAGAUUGCUUCGAAGCGCUCUCUCUCUUCCUGGGAGAACUGGCUAUCCCCCUGCCAUCGGAGCUGGAAGAGCUGGACCACAAUGUGAGUGUGCAGCAUGGACUGAGCCGCGACAAACUACCUGAAAACGCAACCUAG